UUAAUGCUUUCGGGUUUAGGUCUUUACAAUUAGGUUCUGGUGUUACACUCACUUUGUGCUUCUGGAACUUCACUUUUUUCAGGGUAGCCCAGGUUCUAAAGGACCUCGAGGAGAUAGAGGAACAACCGGAAACCCUGGUCCAAUGGGUCCACGUGGUGAUCCAGGUCUUCCAGGAGCGAUGGGACCACCAGGUCCACAAGGCCCUGCAGGACUUUCUCGACCUGGAGAACCUGGUCGCCCAGGACCUAAGGGAGAUCGCGGGGAUCAAGGCAUGCCUGGUCUGCAAGGUCCUCCUGGGCCACGCGGUCCUUCAGGUCCUAUGGGACAACAUGGAGCCCGGGGGCCACCAGGAAAGGAGGGGCCAUCUGGACCUAGAGGCCCUCCAGGGCCCAUGGGAAGCCCUGGGAAUCCAGGUGUACCAGGAAUUACUGGCAAACCAGGCAAACCAGGAGACCCAGGAAGCCCAGGACCUGCUGGCAUUAAAGGAGAAAAGGGCGAAAAGGGAGACUUUGCAUCCCAAAACAUGAUGCGUUCCAUUGCCAGACAAGUUUGUGAACAGCUUGUGAACAGCCAGAUGAGCAGAGUUAAUUCGAUGCUUAACCAGAUUCCCUCCGGAUAUCGCAGCAACACCCCUGGGCCUCCCGGUCUUCCGGGGCCCCCUGGAAACGCCGGACCCCGAGGAGAACCCGGGCAGCCCGGGAGAUCUGGAUUCCCCGGAAGCCCUGGAUUACCCGGAAAUCAAGGAGAAAGAGGAUUACCAGGGGAGAAAGGAGAAAGAGGACCUCCAGGAAAUGAUAUUAGAGGACAAAGAGGCCCAACUGGACCUCCAGGGCCACCAGGAGAAUCUAGAACAGGUCCUCCAGGUCCUUCUGGCUCGUCUGGGCCUCGUGGGCCCCCAGGCCGUCAAGGUGUUCCAGGUGUGAGGGGACCACCAGGACCCCCUGGAUACUGUGACUCCUCUCAGUGUGUUGGCAUUCCUUACAAUGGACAAGGAUACACAGGUUUGGCAUAGUACCCUUUCUCCUAAGUCCUCUGUGCCAUUUACAUUCUGAGAUGCCCAGUUGCUUUGGAGCUUGUAAGAAUAAUCACCAUGGACAUAUUUAACAUGACAGAAGGAAAAAAAGUGAGAAAAUGGAGUGUGCUGGCACUAACAUGAUGUCACAGCUACAAGCUACAGGGAUGGCAACCCGCUGGCCUGUUUGCAUAUUAAUCCACAAACUGAUGGGAAAUGAAUAAACAAAGCAACAGAGACUGAAUAUUUUCUACGAAGGACGCAGCAUGUACAAACACAAGCCAACGCAGCUACUAACAAAGAGGACAUCAUAUAUUAAUACAAAGGUGUAAAUAAACCUUUUUUUUUUUUUUUUUGCUUUUUAAGUGACUGAAUCGGGACAUUUUACUAAUAAAAUAAGGGAACAAAAAUCACGUUAACCUUUUCAUUGAGCUUGAGCCUCAUAACCCUCUGCUUACUUACUAUGAGCAUAACCCUUUGAUUAUGACGCUUUAGUGACCUUUGGAGCUCCGUUUCAGACUAAAGCAUGUUUCAUUUUUUUCUUUUGAAUAUCUUCAUAUUUGUAGCAUUGGUCAACUCAGCGAAAUGUUUUCUUUUUCCUGCCAGUUAAUAUUUUCGGAGUGGUAUAAGCUGGUUAUUUUACCACUAUAUGAUAAAAAAAAAACAUGUUGGACUUUACUGUAAGAAUUCAAAAAUGAAUUUAAAGCUGUUUUUAUUUUCAGAUGUUCUUCUACUCUAGGAAGCAAUCAUUUCUAUAUUCAAUAAGGAUAUUUGUUAACUCCACAGUGUAACUCUUGCCAAACAUUGUUGAAGCCACCCCUUGUUGAAAUUGUAUUUGUUUUAAAAUGGCCAAAUGUUCUUUUAGACAUCCGUUACCAGCCUGCACCUGAG